UCGUCGACCGCCCUCCUCAUCAAACAAGAAAAUGUCGCACCAAUCGACGGAAUCGCCCACCAUAACCGGCUCGAACCACGGCCCGGACGAACCGAAGGCUUUCAUCAUCUGGAACCAGCGGUUGGCGGCAGCAUCGGCCACUUCCACCCCGGUCAACGUCAGCACGGACAGCUGCUUCAGUUUCGCCUACGACGACGGGCCAAACACUUCGUCGGGGGAAUUUUCCUCCUUCUCGUCGGAGGGUCACAUCUUGCCGAUCAGCGAAUCCGGGGAGGUGCUGGCGGAGGAGCUCGAGUGUUCGGAUCUGAAGUCGAAGGGGCCGCUUUAUAACAUCAUCCGGAAUAAGAUGAAUUUGAGCGAGAAACGCGGUCCGAAGUUCCUGUGCCAGGAGUGUCGUUACCCGACCAACACCCGCCUCAGCAUGGUCACCCACAUGAAGAUACAUCUGCGGCCGUUCUGCGAAGCGUGUUUCGCGGUUUUUGAUUCCCAGGAUGGAGUGCACACGCACAUUCGUGCGGCCCAUCCGGAAGUGGUGCUGGGCGAGAGCAAAGAUUUCUACUGUUUGCAGACGGUUGCUCCGCCGAAUACGCCCACGCCGUUGUCCGACGACGAGAUGAAGACGAUCGAAGGGUUGGUCAAUCCGAUUGUGAAGUAUCCGUUCAGCUUCCAACACCAGGAGGAAACCGAGGGCGAGGCCACCAACGAGGACGAGCCGCGACUUGUGAUCGACGACGGACCCAGACCGAGAGGACGUCCUAAAAAGAGCCAAACACCGGUGGUGAAGCGGACGCUGAAGAAGAAGAAGUUUAAGAAGGUAAAGGUUGAAGAUACCACGCCGGAUAACGUGAUGAAGAAGAUCACGUCGCGAUUUGGACGUUCGAUUAGCUUAAAGAUGCCACAGUUUUAAAUUUUGGUAAACGACUGUCGCUUGUUAAUGUUUUAUUGUUAAUGGAUUUCAAUCAAGGAAUUGAACCGUCUUUUAAAAAGACCUGAGCUGAAUUUUUGUUACUGGAAUUAAACCAUUCUCCUGAGUUA